AUGUCCACCUCAUCGCGCUCCUCCUCGUCUACUCUGGCAGACUCGACCGACCGACCCCCUAAGGUCCGCCCUGAUCCGGUUACGAAGCCCGCGCCCAACCCGGCAAUACAAGACCCAUUCGCCUCUCUCCCUGCUGCGUUCGAUGCGGAGCGGUUCCAGCCUCCUGCGUGGGCCAGGGAGAUGGGUCACAUGGGACUUGAUAGUCCGGGCAGGGAGGAUAGACUGGUAGAGAGUUCCAACUCUGGCCGGGAGCGCAAGGAGGCGGGGACGGGGGGAAGAGGAGGGAAUGACGAGGGAGAAGGGGAUGACGUGGAAACGGAGAGCCUGGGAUUGAGCGAGCAGGAUGAAGUCUGGGAAGACGCCCAGGAGGAGCUGGAAGGGAUGAUAGAUGAGUCCACUGGAGAGUUUACGCUCGCCGAGCUCAGACGGCUGUUUGAGAAGGCAACAACUCUCAAGACCGAGGGAAACGCCCAUUUCACCGCGAAGCCCAGCAGGCACGAUCGGGCCGUGGAGGCGUAUCAGAAUGCUCUGGGGUGUUUGCCGAAGCGCGAUCCCAAGCCGGAUGUCGUCAAGGAGGAUGGACCAUCUCAGACGGAGACGGCGGAGGCAUCGUCCUCGAAAUCAGCCACUACGGCACCACCUGCUCCCCCUCUCGGUUCAUCAGGGAUACAAGAGCUCUCCGAGGCCGAGGCCGCCGCUCUCGAGGCGGAGCUGAAGCGUACCACCGCAGCUGAAGCAGGGGAGGAUGCGGAAGAAGGGGAGAAGAAAGCAAAGACGGAAGAAGAGGAGAAGGAUGAGGUGUAUGAGGAAAUACGGCAGUUGAGGAAGGUGUGUUAUGGGAAUCUGGCGGCUGUCUACCUGGCGCAGGAAGGGAAGGAGAACGAGUGCGUGGAGGUGUGCACGGAGGCGCUCAAGAUUGACCCGAUGUAUCUCAAAGGCCUCCAGCGGCGCGCUACGGCCAAUGAACGCCUAGGAACCUGGUCCUCCCUUACUUCAGCACAAGAAGACUACACCACCCUCCUCCCCCUCCUCCCUAUCUCCUCCCGCCCCGCUCUCCGACGCACCCUCUCGACCCUCCCCGCCCGGAUCAAACAACGCCAAGAUACCGAAAAGGACGAGAUGCUGUCCAAGCUCAAGGAUCUGGGGAACGGCUUGUUGGGCAAGUUUGGGCUGUCGACGGAUAUGUUCAAGUUUGAUCCGCAGGAGGGAGGGGGGUAUAGUAUGCGAUUUGAGCGGUAA